UGCGCUCGGCAGCCCGAGCGGCGGCGGUAAGAUGGCGGCGGCGGAGCGUGGGGGCAGCCCCUCGCUGUCGGCCGGGGAGGAGGAGCCGCCGCUGGGGCUCGACUCGCUGGUCGAGGAGGCGGCGGCCGCAGCUCCGAGCGCCGGGUUCCGGCUGACGGCGGUGCGGCGGGAGCCCGCGGUGCGGCUGCAGCAUGGCGUCAGCGGGCUGGAGCCGCUGGCCUGGUCGGAGGACCACCGUGUGUCGGUGAGCACGGCCCGCAGCAUCGCCGUGCUGGAGCAGCUCAGCGACGUCCACAGCGGCGGGCAGGAGAUGGUCAUCCACCGCACGGCCGUGCCCGCGCCCUCCGCCGCCUGUCUGCUCAAGGUUGGUCCAAAGAAGGAGGUAGCCGAAUGCAAGGAAAAGUUUGCAAAUUCAAUGGAUCCAACUGUUAGUCAAACUUUUAUGCUGGAUCGAGUAUUCAAUCCCGAGGGGAAGUCUUUGCCACCCAUGCGAGGAUUCAAGUACUCCAGCUGGUCACCGCUGGGCUGUGACGCCAACGGGAGGUGCCUGCUUGCAGCUUUAACCAUGGACAAUCGACUGACCAUCCACGCAAACCUCAACAGGCUGCAGUGGGUGCAGCUGGUGGACCUGACGGAAAUCUAUGGGGAGCGUUUGUAUGAAGCCGCUUACAAACUUUCCAAGGCUGACACUCCCAGGGGGGAGUUAGGAGACUUCCCUGAAUUUCAGCGGCGGCACAGCAUGCAGACUCCAGUGCGCAUGGAGUGGUCGGGCAUCUGCACCACUCAGCAGGUCAAGCACAACAACGAAUGCCGGGAUGUCGGCAGUGUGCUCUUAGCAGUACUGUUUGAAAAUAGCAACAUUGCAGUUUGGCAAUUUCAGCUUCCAUUUCUGGGUAAGGAAUCAAUUACUUCUUGCAAUACGAUAGAGUCUGGAAUCUGUUCCCCAAGUGUGUUGUCUUGGUGGGAAUAUGAACAUAACAACCGAAAGAUGAGCGGACUUAUUGUAGGGAGUGCUUUUGGACCGGUUAAGAUCCUUCCUGUCAAUUUAAAAGCAGUCAAAGGCUACUUUACACUGAGACAACCCGUAGUCUUAUGGCAAGAAAUGGACCAGUUACCAGUGCAUAGUAUCAAAUGUAUUCCUCUCUACCACCCAUACCAGAAAUGUAGUUGUAGCUUAGUGGUGGCCGCAAGAGGAGCUUAUGUGUUUUGGUGUCUCCUGUUGAUAUCCAAAGCAGGUCUGAAUGUCCAUAAUUCCCAUGUGACAGGGCUUCAUUCUUUGCCAAUUGUAUCCAUGACUGCAGACAAACAGAAUGGCACGGUGUAUACAUGCUCCAGUGAUGGAAAGGUAAGGCAGCUCAUUCCUAUAUUCACAGACGUUGCUUUAAAGUUUGAGCACCAGCUGAUUAAGCUCUCGGAAGUGUUUGGCUCUGUCAGGACUCAUGGAAUAGCUGUUAGCCCGUGUGGGGCAUACUUGGCAGUUAUUACAACAGAGGGCAUGACUAAUGGUCUGCACCCAGUUAACAAAAACUACCGAGUCCAGUUUGUCACCCUUAAGACUUUUGAGGAGGCAGCUGCCCAGCUCUUGGAAUCUUCUGUUCAGAACCUUUUCCGGCAAGUGGACUUGACAGACCUUGUACGCUGGAAAAUCUUGAAGGAUAAGCAUAUUCCUCAAUUCUUACAGGAAGCACUGGAUAAAAAGAUUGAGAGCUGUGGUUCCACCUACUUCUGGCGGCUUAAGCUAUUUCUCCUAAGGAUUUUGUACCAGUCAAUGCAGAAAGCUCCCUCAGAGGUCAUGUGGAGACCUUCACAUGAGGACACAAAAAUCUUGAUAUCUGAUUCCCCUGGGAUGGGCAGCACUGAGGAUGAUCAGGAGGAAGGAACUUCCAAACAAGCCAGCAGGCAGAGCCUGUGUGGCACUGGCAAAGGUAUGGACAUAGAUGACACUGCAGAUGAUUCUCUUCCUCAGUCAAGUGACAUAGGAGGCCGUGAGCCAAUGGAAGAAAAGCUUCUUGAAAUACAGGCACAGAUUGAGGCAGUAGAAAUGCACUUGACACGAGAACACAUGAAACGGGUGUUGGGAGAAGUGUAUCUACACACAUGGAUUACAGAAAACACCAGUAUUCCCACCAGAGGAGUCUGUGACUUCUUAAUGUCCGAUGCUGGCUAUGAUGACAGAACAGCACGAGUGCUGAUCGGCCAUAUCUUAAAGAAAAUGAACAAACAGACUUUUCCAGAGCACUGCAGCUUGUGUAAAGAGAUCCUGCCAUUCACCGAUCGCAAACAGGCAGUCUGCUCCAAUGGACAUAUUUGGCUCAGGUGCUUUCUAACUUACCAAUCCUGCCAGAGUUUGGUGUACAGGAGGUGUUUACUUCACGACAGCAUUGCACGGCAUCCAACCCCAGAAGAUCCUGAAUGGAUCAAGAGGUUACUGCAAGGACCUUGCACGUUCUGUGAUUCUCCUGUUUUCUAGAGAAAAGCUAUGUAAAGAUUGAAAGUACUUUCUCUACUGCAUAAGCUCCCUUCAGUCUCAAAGGAUAUAGAGUACAGGAAUCAGACUUUACUGGAGGGGAAGGACAUUGUCCAUAGCCUUGUAAAUAGAACAUCACUAGUUCUAGAAACUCCUUGAGUCCAGAGCCCAUUCCAUGCUCCAGAAACAGGAAUACAUCUGAAAGAGCAAGUUUAUGAAGUGGUUUGGAAAUGCACUCCCCCACUGAAGCAUCAGCAGUUGGACAUGCUUCCUUUUGCUGAAAAGGAACCGAAGUCAAGCACGCAGCAUGAACUGUCCUUUCUGCCUCACAACAGUGUGACUUCCCAAAAGCCAGGACGGGAACAGCGGAGCUGCCUCUUGAAUGCUCUUGGUGGGUAGAGAAGGCUUCAGCUUGUAGUGCUCUCACUUGCUUUUUAGCAAGGACUAGCACUUGCUGCAGAAUAUUAAACUAUAAAAAUAAUUUGUGGUUCUAAUUUCUUGCAGAGUGAAGCGUAUGCCCGUUACGGCCAUAUGAAAUAAAUUGGCCGUUACAUUAGUUUUACUUACAGUCUAGAAGAGUAACUGCCUCUUAACUGUUGUAACAGUAUCGCAGUCAGAAGGGUAAUAUUGACUGUCUGGGUCAAAUAUGGAUGAGCAAGAAUAAUUUUUAAACGUAAAAAUUAUUAAACUAAUAGCAAUUAGAUUAAACACUAAUAUAUAUACACACACACAUUAUUUCCAAUGCUCCUACGUUUCUUGCCCCACUUUCUUUUCCUGAACUAAAUUCUAACUACUUCCUAGCUUUUUGACAACAUAUAUGCCUUUUGUUUCACUUAACCCUCUACCAACAGGAAUGAUCUUUUACAGUGUAACUCAGUUACUAAAACCAUUACCAAUUUAUCUUAUUUUUAGUUAAAUUGAGAGUCUCCCUCAUACAAUAAUCGAGUUUUUUGGAAGUAUGACACACAAGUAAUCACUCUCAGCUGACGGUCUCUGUUUUCCUAAUAAAGCAGUAGAAAUCCCACAAACCAACAAAACACCCCAAACCCAACCACCACCACUGUGGCUGACACAUAAUAGGUAAGGUUUCAAUGGGUGGUCAUGGAAUCUGUUGAAGCUAUUCUUUGUAUAAUCCUGACCUUCUCAUCAAGAGAUUCAUAAAUACACCAGUGAUGUAGCAUGGCUGAGCCCAGAAACUUACUCUGCUUCCUAACUGUCCUAUCAGAAAAAAACCCACAUCUUUAUAUCUCAUGCCUGUGAGGAGCAGGAGAAUAAUUUUCAACUUCUAUGCAGCAUUAAGAGGAAGAAUACCUCAAAACCAUGUACGGUGAUUUGGUGCAGUUUAUCUUGUUAACUCCAUGUUGUCAAAUAUUCCAAAGUUCAUGUAUUUACAUUCUUCAGAGUACCAGCCUGGACACUCGGAUAUGUUGUCCUGUCUGUGGUUCUCAUGACACUUCUAAUUGUGUGUGAAGUGCUCUGUAGCUAUUUGAGAAACCAAGGAACUGUGUGACAGUAUCAGACUCCAGCAGUGCAUGUGUGGAUCGGUACUUAAAUUUCCUUGAGUCAAUGACUAUGCAUAUCUUUUUAAUGUUCCUUCACCUUCAGUAGGAGCAAAUCUUUUUCAGCUAACAUUAACCCAGGUCCUUACUAUUCUGUGUUUCAUGCAUUAAGCAUGAUAGCGCUUUGACUGCAAAUAAUUAAUAUGGUAGCCUAGAACAGCAGAAGUACAUCUGUCUGUAAAAUAGCCUUGUUUGUAAAUAUCCUUGGAAGUGAUACCAGAACUGUAUUAAAGAAAUGUUUAGUUUUUUA